AUGCCUCAGCUACCAUACUGGCAACUUCCAGAAUUCUCGCGGGAUCGGAGCGAGGAGCAGCCGCUAACAUGGAGGGUGGCCUUUUUGCUUCCGUUGGAAGACACAGAACGGGAUCUGUUCAUGAAGAGACUUGUCGUUGUCGACAACUUGGAGAACUGGCCUGAUCGACCUGUCGCGCAGCCUCGCCGUCUUCUAGAUGUCCCCUGGCUAUUUGAUUUCACACCCGAUUCGUCUAUUAUCAGCGCCAUCUUUGAGCAAGGCGGGAAUGAGCCGCUCAUUAUCAUUGAUGAACAAUCGAAGAUGGAUGACACGGCAAUCCUGUUGUAUCGCAGUGAGGGUCAGGAUGACCAUCGCAUUUUGCGCGCACCCAUCAAUAGAGCAAACCUACUGCUCAGUGCUGCAGCGGAAGGGACGAUUGAUUUGAAGGGUGAAGACUUUCAGCCAUUGGGCUAUGAUACUCCAGCUAUUAUGAAACAAGGAAAACAAAAUGUGCAAGAACUAUGGCCUGUCUUUGUCAUAGAAGCCAUGACUCCCGAGGAAUUCGAAAGACUCAGGAGCUACGCCGAGGAGAGAAUGGUCGAUCAAUAUGAAUACAGCGAGUGGUUCCAUGUAGCUGAAAAACUCGAGUCACCGGAUAUGAAAGGCCUUCUAGCAUGGUUUGAGUCUCCGGACUUUGAUUUUGACCAUCCUCCCCCGUUCUUCCUCGCUGUGGACCGCUGGAGCUUAGAAGUUGCGGAUGAUGAGGAGCCAAUCACUGAUCUCUGGGCUGAGUGCAUAGUUGCCUCAGAAGGUGGUGAGGGAUAUUAUUUGACAGAUGAUAAGGAGGAUCGUUACGCAUCUUGGCACGCUGGAUACGGAUCUGAUCGUAUGGAUUUUGAGGAUGCUAUUAUUAUUUGCAUGAAUUUGGAGCAGCGCAAUAGGUCCUUCGUGGAAUUGUUUCACGGUGCGGAAUAUGACCACUGGAAAGCAUUGCAUUCAUGGGCGGAUGGAACCCCUCGAUUUGGGGGGUUCGAAUGCCCAGAAGGAAGGGCAUAUUGGCCUAGCGAGGAAUGGGAUAGCUAA